AUGGCGCAGCUGCACCGCUUCGUGGCGCUGCGGGACCGGCACGACACGUGUGUGUUCACGUUCCUGCUGUCGCGACGUGUCACCAAGCCGCUGUCACCCGACAUCUUCACGCGCGACUUCGCCUGCGCGCACCAGCGAUGGUGCCUGUCGUUCGUGCGUCGCGAGAAACACCUGAGCGUCUACCUGGUGUUGAAAGAGGCAGCCGACGGCCUCCAGGUGGCGCUCGAUUACUCCAUCACGAUCCUCAACCGCGAACACUUCAGUCGCAACGAGGGGUUCAACGUGCGCGCGUGCGUGUUCUCGCGAGAACGCGAUACGCACGGUCGCAAGAUGUUUGUCUCAAUCGACGACUUACUCGGUCGUCAAUUUACGGACGGAAACAGCGAGUAUGUCAUCGAGCUGACGAUAGGUGGCGCGCUGACGACGUUCACGCACCGACUGCGCAUGCCCGACCUGACGCGAGCGACGGGCUUUCCGAAGUACGAGACGACGUACUUCUCGUUCGGAAGCUACGAUUGGAGCGUAUCGAUGUUCCCGCAUGGCGACAGCGACGACAACGUCGGCCGACCACUCGUCUACCUCACGCGCCACACGCACUUCGAGCACCUGUGCAAGCUGAAGUACGAGUUGACGCUGGGAGAGGGCGCUGCAUGCAUGGACUCCGAUACGAUACAGCACGUGUUCGACAUCAGCGGCACGGGCGAGGGCUACGUCCUCAACAACGUCAGCGUUGCGUCGCUGCUGCGUCAGGCAGAACUCUACGUCGCGCUGAAACUUCUCAGCGUCGGGACGGUCAGCGAGGUUCGAAUCCCGGUGCUGGACCGCGGACGCAACUGUGCUACGCUCUACGACCGCGACAAGCAGGCGUGGGCAGUGGUCAGCGAGUUUGACCGCGGUACGCUGAAACUGCGUCUGUUUUACUCGGACGCUCGCAACGUGCCGAGGAACUACCUCCGGUACGUCGCCUGGAACGCGGUCGUGGUGACGGCGACAGGUGACACGGUGCCCGUCAGUGACGGUCCGUUCUACAGGUAUUACGUACAGGUGGAGUGCGACGACGGAUACGACAUGACGACGAACAUUCAGGAGAACGACUUCAAUAAUUGUCAAACAUUCUCAUGA